AUGGACGGGAUUAUUAUGAUCAGAGAGCUGUCGCUACGGCAAGGGUCAAGCUGGAGCCCCCAAAGAGUUAUGCUUGCGAAGCUUGAUCCUCCAAAAGCAGAGAUCACCGGAAUGGAGGAGGAAACUCUGAGUGGAAAACUCUCGAAGGCGACCUUCGACUCCAAAGUCGAGACCAGCGCGGAGGAAAAGUCAAAAUCAGAACCUCAAUCUGCGACGUCAACCGACAACAAUGAAGAGGCUUCCGCGAAGCCUCCAGUCGAUGCCCACGACCCGAUCCGCCAAUUCGGCAUUCUUUUACCUCCCGCUCUUCGGACAGCCCAGAACUCAUUCAACUCAGCCGUACUGAAUGACGAUUGCAUUGCAAAAGCAGUGGAGGCAGCGAGGGGUAUGAGGAGAGUUGAGGCAGAGAUUCGGAAGUUGAGGAAGGAGGCCAGGAAGAGUGAGAGGGGGGAGCGAUUGCGUGGUGCUGGUGGGGUGGACGUUGGGGGUGGAUGA